ACAUUUUUCUUGUGCCAAGUAGAAAGAAAAAAAAAAACAAUAUGAAAAGCCAGAAUAUGGUUAAGAUUGUUGUCUUGUAUUCAAUCUCCUCAUCAUAAUCCUACCUUUUUACUUUGUCUGUUUCACAACUGAAACCCCAGCAAGUGGUCCAACUCUUCUUGCUUCUUCCCUUCUCCGCUUCCAUGUUCCUCUCUCUCAAAGCUUUCACUUUCUGCUUCAUUUGUUGCUGCUACAGUUUUUCACCCAUGAAUAUCUUCUUCAUUUGGUCUGGUUUGUGCUAAGCAGAUGCAUCACCUUUGAAGGAAGCCCUUCAGUUUCGAUCAUGGCAACCAAUCCAUCUCAUUUGCCUGGAAUUCAUAAUGAAGAAAAAGUUGUCUCAGAGAUUGGGAAUUCUGAAAAGCAGUUGUGGGCAUUGAUCCAUUCCAAAGGCCUUUUGCACUCUGAUGCUCAAGACUUGUACCACAGGGUCCGGUCUAGUUAUGAGAGAAUAAUCUUGAGUAAUCACAUGUUCUCAGAACUUCAGGAUGUUGAAUAUUCUUUGUGGAAGCUGCACUAUAAGCAUAUUGAUGAAUUUCGCAAAAUAAUAAAGAAAACCUCUGGUAAUGUGGAGAGCAAAAAAUCAGGAAUGCCACAAAAUCGUGCUGUGCAGGGAGACAGUGGCAAUAAUUUAAAGUUAUUCAAGAUAUUUCUGACUGAGGCUGUUGAGUUUUACCAAACUCUGAUUGUAAAACUUAGAAAACAUUAUGGAGUCCCAGUAGAGGCUUUAUUUUAUAAAAAGGGUUGGAACUCUGCCUCUGUUGAACCAGAUGUCAUGGAGAAAUGCGAGUAUUUAUGUCAUCGCUGCUUAGUUUGUAUGGGGGAUCUUGCCAGGUACAAACAACAAUGUGAAAACCCUGAUACUCAAAAUCAUAAUUGGUCAGUUGCUGCUGCCCAUUAUUUGGAAGCAACAAGGAUUUGGCCAGACAGUGGUAACCCGCAAAAUCAGUUGGCUGUACUGGCAACAUAUAUUGGUGAUGAAUUUCUUGCUCUUUACCACUGUGUAAGAAGUUUAGCUGUUAAAGAACCUUUUCCUGAUGCCUGGAACAAUCUUAUCUUGUUGUUUGAGAAGAACAGGUCAUCUCCUCUGGAAUAUGUUUCCAGCAAAAUCUGUUUAGAUUUCUUGAAACCUUCUCGAAGAAUUGGUGAAGAGACCAAGGUGCAAUGGGAAGAUGAUAGCUCAAACUGCAACAAGUUUGAAGGCAAAAGUAGUCAUUUAAAAAAGUUAUGGUCUCUUGUGGUCAGAACAAUAAGCUUCCUCUUCAUAUCGUCAAGUUUAGAGGAAUUCUCUAUUGCGUUGGCAUCUACAAUUGGAGAGUUGGAUAAAACGAUGGAGCUAGAAGAUACAGAACUAAAGACCAUGUUGGAAUCCUAUAGUCAAAUGGAUUUAGCCAGAAGAGGUCCUUUCCGAGCUAUACAAGUAGUUUCUGUUCUCAUAUUUUCCCUAACGAAUCUGAUUGAUAAACUUGGAAAAGAUGAAUCAGAAAACAAAAAUGAUGGACAGUUAAUGCAACUGGCAUUAACUGCUGCAUUCAGCUUGAUGGGACGUUUCAUUGAAAGAUGCCUAAAGGCUAGUUCUUUGAUACAUUGCCCCUUGUUGCCCUCAGUGCUAGUUUUUGUGGAGUGGUGUUCAAGCAUACAUGAAGUAUGUGCAACCGAUCAAAAGAGUACAAUAGCUAUAUCUUAUUUUUUUGAAAUGUUUGUUGAACUUCUAAAUCAUCUAAAGGAUGACAAAAAGGAAACCGAGAAGCAUCUUGAUAGAACUCCUCUUUGGGAGGAUUAUGAGUUAAGGGGCUUUGUACCUAUAGCUUGUUCAUAUCUCUCAUUGGAUUUUUGCGGUAAUUGGGAACACAUAGACAACUUUGAAAGUGGAAUUGAAUUGCGUACUGAGCGCAUCCGAGAAGCAGCAAUCAAGAUAGCAAGCAGUUCAAAUAAUUGGCAGAAGUGGAUUACAUGUGAUAAAUUAGGAAACAAAUUUUAUCUGGCUAGAUCAGAUCAAGAUCAUGACAAGAAAGAAACAAAAAAUGUGGAGUCCAACAGCCAUAGUACAAAAUUGGAAGAGCCUAAUCAGCAAACCAACAAAGACACGGGAGAACAGGGUAAAUGGAUGGUAAAGGAUAAUCUAAGUAGCUCCAGCACCAAUGGAAAAUCUUCUGUAGUGGAAGAAGAGGAAGUUAUUCUCUUCAGACCUCUCACAAGGUACAAUUCAGCUCCAUCACACUGCUCUAUCUCUACUGAUGACAAGAUGACACCAAAAGACAAGGACAACCAGAGCUUACUGUCCGAUGAUUGUUUGCACCGUGCUAGUUCUCUACUUUUGGCACAAAACCCAGCUCAAACUCAAAGUGAUCCAUGGGAAUUCAGCAUUUUGGAUUUCAGGAGUGACAAAUCAUUCAAACAGCAAGAAUCUUCAACAAGGGAAUCAAAUGCACAUACUUUCUCUGAAGCCCCAAUCUCUGCUGGCCCUCCUUCUCUCAAUGCUUGGGUCCUUGAUAGAGGAAGCUUGAGCCACAACAGAAACAAUGGGACAAAUGGCCUUAGUGAGCACAGGUUGCAGCCCAUUGAGGAAAUAGCUUCUUCAUCCUUGGCCAGUAUUUCCAUCAAUAAAGCUGAGAAUUCAGUCACAAGUUCAAUGGUUGAGUCUUCAAACUUCCAUUACUCCUCUUCUGCUACAUAUUCCCUUCCAGUACCUUCUGCUCCAUUACUUCCUGAUAAUGCUGCAUGGUUUACUGAUGCACAAUCUAGUUUAUCUUCUCCAUUAUUUCCUGACAACUCAGUACCAAAAAGUGGUUAUCCAGAUUGGAGUUCUACUUAUGGACCACAUGGAUAUGAUCCUAGAUUUCCUGUUCUAUCAAGUGGAUACACACCACCUGGCAGAAUGACUUCUUCGGAAUGGCUGCGUUGGUACAGAGAAAAUUACAAACCUGAAAGGACUAACAAUUACAUGCAGCCCACUCAUUUGAAUAGUCCUGGUCCUGGUAAUCAUGUGAACGUUCCCUAUCAUGAUACUUACAGGUUUGGUCAAUUUGAUAGAUGGAGCAACCCUUUGCCAUCUAACCAGUACACAUAUAUGGAGUCCCCAGGGCCCCCACCAUUGCAGCCAGGUUUUUUGUCUGCUUUUGGUGAGCACAAAGGAAGUGUCUACAACAAUUUUCAAAGACCAACCCCUUAUGGGUGUGGUGUAGUGACAGACCCGAGGAAUGAGCCACAGUCUCUAUUAGAGUGUCUGAAGGAGAAGGAAUGGCGACUCCAGCCGGAUCCUAAUGUCAGAGGGCCUACAUUCAUGGGAAAUUAGAAAUUCUAUCUGAAACUUUUUUUUUUACUUUUGUGCACUUUGGUUCCAUAACAAGCAUCAAAACAGGAAAGACGUGCGCAUAUAUGCAUAGAGAUGUUUCGGUCAUUUCUUGAAUGAAUUGAGGAACUCCAAAGAAAGUGGAUGAAGUAUCCUCCAUUCCAGUUUUUAUCUCAUGGAAAUCUGCACUUCUUUUCUUAAUCAUCUGUUCUAGGAUAUGCAUGUAAAAUAUGUAUAUUUAGAAGAGGAAAUCGUCAUUCUUAGAAGUGGACACAUGAUUUCUGAAAACAAGGUUACUAGCCAUGUUUGCUGAUAUAUACGAGAUUAUCUACGGUGAGAUAUAAAUUGUAAAGACAUAUAUGAUGCCAGAAUUAUGGUUGAGUAUGUUAUAUCCAAAAAUUAUGGCUUAGGAAAGCCAAGUAAAUGAUGCCAUAUGUCUUUAACCAUGGCAGUAAAAACAAUUUUUUAAA